GGAACUCAGUACAGAGGACAUGUCUACUACUGCGAGCUCAGCGCAAGCAGCGACGUAUCGACCAGGCCGUCAAACCCCAGUGCCGCCGCCACAACAUCGGCCCGUCGUAACUGAUGAUUACGAGCGCUGGUACACGGAGGCGACUCCCAAUAAUCGAAUGCUGCUCUCGUUACGUUCUGGCAUCGACUCCGAAGUCGCUUGGGCUCUUGAUCGUCUUUGCCGUCUCUGCCUUAACGAGCAGUUCAUGCUCAUAGCCAUUCCAGGAUUGACGGACGCGCUAUUUGAAUGGCCGGAAUGGUACGUCAAGGAGGGGCACAAGCAAUAUACCGAAGCGGACAACUUUUUUGCGACUCCGAAGGCGAAGGAACGAAAACGGAGGCAUGCUAUUGAGUCCCUUUUCAUCCUCCGCAAUGCAGGAAUGCACGAGGCCAAUGCUCGUGAGCUUUCCAGUUACCCUAAAAUUCCUGAUCUUGUCCUCCGCGCUCUACAUGACCUCGAAUUGAACUCGGAUGCCAACUCCGAGUUCAUCCUCUAUAUCCUGGAAAUACUGCAAUCCAUCGCCUCCACCGUUACCCUUCCCAUACCAUCCGCCCCAUACUGCAACAGCCCAGUUGGACCGCUACAGCAGAUAGCCGGCUUUUCUUCCAACCGAAGCCUCAUCAUCUCCUCCUUGAUCACGCUCACCACGAUGUACUCGAAUCCCGUCAAUACCUAUCAACUCUCAGCCGAAGCCCCCGCACUCGAAACAUCCAUGAACGUGCUCCCGUUGAUACUUGACAAGGAGCUCAUCGACGCCGCCUUGAACUACUUGUACGCUCAUCUCUCCUAUCCUCCUAUGACCAAGGCCUUCCUCCGGCACCCCAGAAUGCCAGGAACACUGAGGUUACUCGUUUCCCUCAUCCUCGCCGACCAAUUGGAAGAGACUGUAUCCUUCGAAAUCGGCUUGCCGGUAUACACCGCUCCCUCACAAUCAGUCACCGUCCACGACCAUGAACUUACGAAGGAGGAGCUUGAUACUCUGUUACCAGUACCUGAACCUCAGCGGUGUUAUGAAUGGAUGAAGACCAUGUUUGUGGCAAAGGCAGACGGCGAGCUGACGCAGGUCGACUUCUGGAACUUGUACAAGGACGCCUUUGCGCCUUACUCGGACCGUUAUCCACCGCUCGUUGCAUCUGACGUGAUCAAGAACGUGAAUGCGGUUUUCCCACAAGCUCAGGCUAUGGUGCUACCUGGUCCCCCUCAGCGUUUCGUGGUACGCGGCGUCGAUCGUCGAAAAGACUUCUCCACGAGCACUCAGUUCAAGUGCCUAUGGGACCGCUCGCAGUGCCCCUCGGAGCCCUUCGUCUCUACGAACGAGCUCUAUGAGCACAUCCUGGAGCAGCAUAUCCAACCUUUCGAAGGCGCGCAUCUUCCGUGCCUCUGGUCUUCGUGUCCCCAGACAGAAAUUACGAAAGCACAGAUGCGCGGCCACGUCCUUACUCAUCUUCCGGACGAGCAGCCGCAGCCAAAAGACCCGAAUCAACCUGACACCAUCACGCUCCCUUCCGUCAACUAUCCACACCCCAUUCCCAAUCCUACAUCACGACCUCCUCCGCCGGCGCGCUCAACGCGAGUCACAUACAUGCGGCCCCAUGUCGAUCCUCCGCCAAGCUCGCUCACUGCGUUGCUAUGCUUGCGAGUGCUUUUCCGUGCGGCAUAUGCUUCGUCAGAUGUUGCUCCUCGCGUGGACGAGAACCAUUUUGGCUUCCCGGGUAUCGUGGACGACCUGAGCGAUGAGGAUGAAGAGCAAUACGGCGACACGGAAGAGGAGAAAGAGGGGAAGCGAAGAGGCAAGAAGGCGUUCAUGGCGAUCCGAUAUCUCUUGGAGGACGUACGGUUGAGGCAUGAUACGUUCCAAGCGUGGGUGACGGAGAUGAUAGAUGCGGGAUUGUCUGGUGUUGCAGAUUGA